UUCUCUGUUUAUGGAAGAACCGAAUAACACACAGAUUACUCGAGACUGAUUCUCAAAUCUGAAUUCUCAAUGGAUUCCGCCAAACUAUGGCGUUUCAUCUCCAUCUACCUCUCCACCACCCUCGCCAUUUUGCGUUACGCCCUCCACUGUUUCUCCACCCUCAACAGCCUACCCUCUUUGCUCUUCAAAUCCAUGGACACCGCUCUGUCUCUCUACUUCCGUUUCUGCGGCCUCUCUCCGUGUACCAUUGAUCUCGACGACCAGACCACAAUGCACUUCUGGACUUCCAAUCACCGCCGUUUCGAUCGACCGGCACUCAUCAUGGUUCACGGCUACGGCGGCGCCUCAACCUGGCAAUUCGUGCACCAGGUCGGGCCCCUGUCGCGGAAAUUCAAUCUCUAUAUUCCGGAUUUGUUGUUCUUCGGUGAAUCUUACUCCUGUAAGUCGGAUCGGAGCGAUUAUUUCCAAGCGAGGUGCGUGGUGCGAGGGUUGAGAGGUUUGGGCGUGGAGAGAUUCGCGGCGUACGGGAUCAGUUACGGUGGAUUCGUCGCGCACCGGAUGGCGGAGAUGUAUCCCGACGCGGUGGAGAAACUCGUGAUUGUAAACAGUGGGAUUGGGUGGAGCGAGGAGCAGAGAGGAGAACAAUUACAGAAAAUCGGAAGGCAUCCGGCGGAGAUUUUCGUCCCCAAACACCCCAACGAUCUGAGGCUGCUGGUGAAUCUGUCAAUGCACAAACCGAAUUGGACCGGCUGGGCUCCUGAUUUCUUGCUUCGCGAGUUCAUCAACGUGAUGUAUAAUCAUUGCCGAAAAGAGAAGAUAGAGCUGAUAGAGCAUUUGCUACAGAAACAACCAGAUUCCAAUAUUCCUGUUAUAACUCAGGAAACACUGCUGAUUUGGGGGGAUCAGGAUAAGGUAUUCCCAGUAGAAAUUGCCCAAGACAUACACAGGCAUUUGGAACAAAAAUCAAGGCUGGAAAUAAUCAAGGACACAGGGCAUGGUGCAAAUAUGGAAUCGCCUGAUGCAGUGAAUAGUUUGAUAAUUUCGUUUGUUUCAGGUUCUCCUAAUUCCUAGGUACUAUAUGGUUUUGUAAUUUGGACAUAAAUUUGAAUAACCUUAAACUAAUUGAGUAGAAUUUUAACUUGUGUUACCGCUGAUUUCCUUAGUUUUGGAUUCUUAAUACCCAUUCUCACCAUACUAUUAUUAUCACAAGUAAAAAAACUGACACUCAUUU